AUGACGGGUCACUUUCUACGCCCGGGGGCACUGGUGCCUGGCUUUCUGCGGGCUGAUGGGAGCUAUAACUGGAACGCCGAUCCGGCCCAGCGGCGCGUGCUGCAAGCAGGAAUUGCCCGUGGGGUCAAUCUGACCAUGGCCUUUAGCAACUCGCCGCCCUACUUUAUGACCAACAGUGGCAGCGUCACGGGCGCUUCGGACGGCGGCAACAACCUACGUGAUGACCAGUAUGCUGCCUUGGCCGAUUAUCUGGCCACCGUUGUGGCCCGCUUUGCCCAAGAUCCAGCUCUUGGCCCAAUCGUCUUUGAUGCCGUUACACCGUUGAACGAACCAGUCUCCAGCUGGUGGCGCUAUGGCAAUGACCAAGAGGGGUGCCACUUUGAUCGCGACAAGCAAUCCGAUGCCAUUGAGGCGCUGGGUGCGGCGUUGGCGCGCCACAACGUCUCACAGACCACCGUGGCAGGACCCGAAGAGAAUAAUCUCGAUGAUAGCCUGGCCAGUUUGCAGGUGUAUAGCCAAGAGGCCCUGGCAUAUCUGGGGCUCGUGACCACUCACACCUACAAUGGGGACCAUCGGGCUGCAUUGGCCGCUUUUGCCGCUGACCAUGACAAAUCCCUUUGGAACUCGGAGUUUGGCAACGGCAAUGGCCCAAUUCAGGGAGGACUUCAGCUAGCACAACGCAUUGUUGAGGACAUUAACUUUCUCAAUGAGACGGUGUGGACGCUUUGGCAGCUCGUCGAUCUGGACACGCCCCCCGGCUAUUCGGGCUGGGGCCUCUUGGGAGCCAGUGCGCACGAGGAUCAGCUCUACCAUCUACGAUACGGUGGUGACAAUGGGCUCUGCUUGCAGUACGAUGCCGCAGUCGACGGUGCCACCCUUGUGCUAGCCAAUUGUACAGCCACGGCAAACCAGGCAAACUCUCAGAUCCGGGCUGGCAACCAGACUGGCCUAUGCCUGGACGCCUGGGGAAAGGCCAUGCAGCUGGGAGACGCUGUGCGGUUGUAUGGGUGCUGGGGCGGCGCCAAUCAGCAGUGGUCGCUCGACCAGGCGCAGGGCUGGGUGCGCCUCAACAACGCGUCUGGAGCUUGUCUGGGCACGUCGGGGGCAGCACCAAGCAUCAAUCAGUGCGCCGACGCCGCGACGUGGUUGCUUCAGCCCGUUGAGGAAGGUGUCAUUUUGCCCGAUGGCACUCGUGAUCGCUACGUCGACGCUGUGGUCGAGACCUGGACCGUGCGCAAGCAGUACUAUGCCUACAAGCAGUUUACGUCGUUUGUGCGGCCUGGCGACGUUGUAUACGCCGUCCAAGAUGAGACUGGGAACAACACCGUGGCCGUUCGCAAGCCCAACGGCACCUUGGCCCUGGUACUGGUCAACCCGGGCGAGAGCGUCGUGAACCGCAGCGUCGAUCUAAGUGCCAUUAUCACGUCUAGCGCAUUUGGACAUGUCUGGGCCACGUCGGACAGUGCCACGCUCAACUGCACGCAGGUCGCAACAGUGGCGGUGGAGCAUGGUUUGGCCAAUGUGACUCUAGCCGCGGCGAGCAUCAGCACGCUGGUUGUCCACCCCACGGCUGCCUCGAGGCGGCAGGGCCAUCUUCCGCCAAGUCGAACCUCGUAG